CGUAGGUCCAAGAGGAAAGGUGUAAAUACUUGUGGCCAAAAUGGAAGAUACAGACUCUGGCUAACGUCGUACGAGUGUCCUUACCAAUAUUAGAAUCAUGAAUAUUCUUUAUUUCUACGCCAUUGGUGUGUUACUUGUAUUCUGGGGAAUAAAUGGAGAAUUUGAACAUCCUGAGUGUGUGGUGAUAGAUUCCAAUUCCUCGGUUUGUCUUGACAUCUUCUUUGACUACUGGGAUGGCUUUCAAUCCAAUGGAUCUACAGACUAUGUAAACCACCAAUGGAUUAGGUACCUGGGGAGUGUGUAUGAUUAUAACAAUGAAGACUAUAAUCGGUGUUACAUUAGACAGGAAGCAGCCGAUGAGUCUCGCCACUGGACAAGACAUGGCUACUCAACAUGUACAUCAAAAGAUGUGAAAACUUUCAAUAAAUGGUGGGAAAAAACAUGUGAAGAUUCCUGUGGUUUAGAAGACAACUGUGGGCGAUAUUCAUUUUAUUUGGGUCAACAUUUGUGGAAAAAUUGCACUUGGAAUAAAAUUGAAAACAAACCUGACUAUGAUCUGUAUCUUCCAUGAUACACUAAGAUGUGAAAACAAUAGAUAUUUACAGUGUUAUAGCUUCCUGCAUUGACUACAUUGUAUUUACAUUAGUGUCCAUUGGUGGGAAAAAUGCUGAAUGCUGACUCCACUGAUAUUAAUAUGAUGAAUUCAAUGUAAAAUUUCAGACUUUGAUGUCAAAAGUGACUGUCAUCUGCUAAUAACUGGUAUUGACAGUUAUCAAUACAGCUUACCUCGCCUAAACUUUUUCCUUAGUGAAUAAUAUAUAUAUAACCCUAUGGAUUGGUUAGUAUACAUGUACAAAUAUAAUAUAUUACUAAUAUCUCAUGUAGAUGUCAUAGACAGUUUCUUCCUGACAAGAAUUUUCAGUUAAGUUAUAUAAUUGAUAUGUUACUUUGAAUGUACAUACUGUACUCGUCCAACACCUUGGUACUCAGCUCAAAAAAUCAUGUGUGGGCGCUUGGCCGAGCAUGACCCCAAAAAUAGAAGCAUCCCAAAAGUGUGAGUUGAACGCUUAGUCAAGCAUGGCCACUAAGUUGGAGGAGUAUGAUAUAUCUUUUGUAACAUCUCAUUAUUUAUACAUUUGUACAUUGCCCUACAUACUGGUAUGCUAGUUCUGUGCCCUUAUGUUUAUCUACUCUUUUUUUUUUUAUUACAUUAUGUAAAUAAAUAAAUAGACAAGGACAUUUUGGGAAUAUA